AAUUUCAGACAUACUGAACCGCUCUGCCCGGUUGAUCCGAGAUAAACUAUUAUGUCGCCUGGCAACAAGGCUUUUCACUGAAUGCUGCACCACUGUUAGUAUUGUCCCGAAGAUGACGUCUAACUGUGAAUCUUUUGAUUGAAAUCAAAGGAGCCUUUUGAUGAUCAGUCUGGAUCACCAGAGGCAUGUAUUACAUCACGCAGUCGCGUGUAUAUAUUCGUCUCACUCUUCUCCAGAGACAAGAGAAUUUGACAGCAGAGAAGCUACUAAGACCAUAAAAGUCAUCUCAAGUCAGUGCAAGAUAUAAGCAUCAAGAUGCAGCAGACAAGGCGAAAAGGGGAGAGACGACCUAUCCAAAAGACAGCACGGAGUACCCUUCAUUCCCUCAAAUUGCGAAGGGACUACCGAGCUGAUCUGCCGCUCAUUGUUUCCCGGUUCACAGGUUAUCGACCGCCGGACGUUGAGUCCCCAUAUGAGCCUUUGCCAUUUCCGCCGUUUACGUGGCUGCAGAAAAUCCCACUUCGGUUUGAGGUCUGGGGUUUUGGUUGGAUUGGCGCGUUCGGCGGUAUCCUUCUCGUCGAAGCAAUCAUGUCGACCAGCACCGCUUUUCGCGACAUCUAUCACACUCCUACUAUUAUCACGUCCUUUGGUGCGUCCGCCGUUCUCCUUUUUGGAGUCAUUGAGUCCCCAGUAGCGCAACCACGGAAUUUUGUCUUGGGCCACUUCAUUUCGGCCCUUGUAGGAACCGCUAUUACCAGGCUGUGGGUCUUGAACGCAAGUUAUCAAGGAUACCUGGAGAACACGCAUUUUCACCCUUCGACUUUUAUCAACGGAGGACUCUCCAUGGCAACCUCACUCCUCGCCAUGCUGAUCACGGGCACGGCUCAUCCUCCCGCUGGUGCUACGGGUCUCAAUGCGGCGGUUCAAUCGGACGUGGUAACGCUAUCCUGGCGAUACCUACCCACUAUUCUAGCUUCAUCCCUGAUUAUGCUUGGAUGGGCUCUAAUCAUCAAUAAUGUCGGACGUCGUCGGUAUCCGCUUCAUUGGUGGGCCCCUGGUGCAACAUUCGUUUGUGCUGAAGAGGAUUCAGAGCUGGAAAAGGCGGAAGAAGGAGAGAUCGAACGUGAAGAGAUGGAGGAGGGUGAUCUCGAGCGAGAAAGUACUGCUGCUAGUGGAAGGCUAUCUCAGGAUGGUGACAAGCAUGGAGAAGUGAUGCAACGUCCUUCUUCGAGAAGGAUGAGUCGUGCAAGCAUUGAGGUAGAGCCAGCGUCUUUAGAAAGCGCGAUAGAUGCAAGUCCGGGAGAAUUUUCGAACCGUCGGCUGAGUUCUAGUCGAGAGCGGUAUUGGUUGGACUAGAAGUUCCAUUGGAAGCCACAAGGCUUGACUGGAAUGAUUCGACUGCUGAUAGUGUUAUCAUUGGGAAAUUCGAACUAUGAGGCAUCGAGUUCUUUCUUGAGGAGGCCUUUGAGAGAUAGGGUUCACCAAAUAUUAAG